AUGGACACCAGAACAUCUGCUGCCCUUAGAGAUAAAAGUGACAAUAAUAGAAAAGAUCCUGCUUGGAAGUAUGUGCAUUUAUUCAAGCCACCAAAUACAAAUGAUCUUGUUUAUGUUAAGAGGAUGGGUGAUGAUGAAGACGAAGAUGAAAUUGAAAGGGUAAUGAAAGAUAGGAAAAAUGCAAAGUUGAAGCAAACCACCAUAAAUGAUUCAUCCAAAAAAGAAUUGCAAGAAAAGGCAUGUAGGGAUAUAGCUCGAUGGAUGUAUGAUGUGGCAAUUCCUUUCAAUACUGCCAAUUAUCCAAGUUUUCAAGUGAUGUUAGAGUCUGUUGGACAAUUUGGUGUUGGUUUGAAGGUACCAAGUUACCAUGAAUUAUGGGUUCCCUUAUUGAAUAGAGAAGUUACUGAUGGGAAGAAUUCAUUGAAGUCCUAUGAAGAAGAAUGGGCAAAGUAUGGUUGUUCUAUAGAUGUGAAGAAUUCAUUGAAGUCCUAUGAAGAAGAAUGGGCAAAGUAUGGUUGUUCUAUAAUGGCAGAUGGAACAGUUUUCCUUGAGUCUGUGGAUGCUUCAAAGUAUUCAAAGGCUAGUGAGAAGAUGUUUGAGCUGCUUGAUAGAAUUGUGGAUCAUGUUGGGGAGGCUAAUGUGGUUCAAGUGGUGAUAGAUAAUGCUAGCAACUGUGUGCUUGCAGUUGAUGGUGAGAAAAGGCUUGCAAUGGGAUAUAUUUAUGAGACAAUGGGAUAUAUUUAUGGGGCUAUGGAUAGGGCUAAAGAAGCAAUUGCAAAGUCAUUUAGUGAAAAGGAAGAAAAAUACAAGAUUGUUGCAGAUGAAGAGAUUAUGACUGGUUUAUACACAGUUCUACAAAGAGCUUCAACUCCAAAUUUGAGAAUUUUUGCAAUAAAAGUGCUUAGCCUCACUUGUAGUGCAUUUGGUUGUGAGCAUAAUUGGAGUAUUUUUGAGCAUACAAAUAAUAGUAAUGAAUGGUUGAUGGGUCAAAUGGAGGAAGAGCUAGAAAAUGAUGAACUUGUGUUUAAGGAUGACAAUUUGAAUUGGAAUGUGGUUGCUAAAGCUAUUGGAGUUGAAGAGGAUGCCUACAACAUUAGAUCUGGGAAAGAAAAAAAAUAUAGAAUCUACAAUUGCUUUAAGAUCUAUGUCAAAGCAUAA